UUAAUAUUAAAAUAAUACCAUCUUAUCAAAUGAAUUAAGUUCAAUACAUCAACGACCCACCACACAUCCAUUGCCAUUGUGGCAAACCCUCUCUUCAGUCUUGACUCUCUUCUCUUCCCCAGUCCCUCCUGCUUCUACCUCGAUCUGUGCCAUGGCUCACUGGUUUGUUGGCCCAAUCAUGGACAAGCUCAUCAAUGCUUGCUCUGAUUACCUGCAAGAUCACUACUUCAGAUGGCAGACAGGCAAGAAGGAGGAGCUGGAAAGGCUGCGAGUGAACCACCCCAAGAUCCAAGCUGUCGUCUCUGCUUCCAACCAGCUACGAGAUGCCAUCGAUGAGGCAGAUGAUGUUCUUGAUGACUUUGAGUACAUGAAGCUUGAAGAAGAACAACAGAAGCUGAACAUGGAGGAAAUAAAGUUGUGUUUUUCAUUCACAAGAUUAUUUUCGGAACCUGCUCGCAAACUUCACAGAGACUGUGAACGAGCUCCCAAAAUUGAUCCCAACUUGGAGAGACUGGAGGCAGUUGUGAAGAAACUUGAUAAAGUUUCAGCUGAGGAAUCUUCUAUUGAAGGAGAGACUUUGGAAGAUAUUGGAGGACUUUGGAAUUGA